CUUGGGUUCGGAGUCGGGCCCGUCUCCACCCGUACCCUCGGGCUCCAAAUAAGGACGCAGGCACCCGACCCUUCUCGUUUCUAUCUUGCUCCGCAAACCAGACCAAACCUUCCCGUCAGUGCGGCGGCGACACCCCCCAGCGGCGACGCCAUGGUGCUAGAGGCGACUAUGAUCUGCAUAGACAACUCGGAGUGGAUGCGGAACGGCGACUACGCGCCGUCGCGGUUCCAGGCGCAGGCUGAUGCGGUCAACCUCAUCUGCGGCGCCAAGACUCAGUCGAACCCGGAGAACACGGUAGGCGUCAUGACGAUGGCCGGCAAGGGCGUCCGCGUGCUUGUCACUCCCACCAGUGACCUCGGGAAGAUCCUCGCCUGUAUGCACGGAUUGGAAGUUGGUGCUGAGGCAAACUUGGCUGCGGCCAUCCAGGUUGCUCAGCUGGCACUAAAGCAUCGCCAGAACAAGAGGCAGCAGCAGAGGAUCAUAGCUUUUAUUGGAAGUCCUGUGAAAUAUGACAAGAAAGUUUUGGAGACAAUUGGAAAGAAGCUGAAAAAGAACAAUGUUGCUCUUGACAUUGUUGACUUUGGUGAAUCUGAUGAUGAAAAGCCUGAGAAACUGGAAGCGUUGAUUGCUGCUGUCAACAGCAGUGAUAGCAGUCACAUUGUUCAUGUUCCUCCUGGUGACAAUGCCCUCUCUGAUGUCCUUUUAAGCACUCCUAUAUUUACGGGGGAAGAAGGUGGAAGCGGUUUUGCUGCUUCAGCAGCAGCUGCUGCAGCUACUGGAGCAUCUGGAUUUGAUUUUGGUGUGGACCCCAAUGUAGAUCCAGAAUUGGCACUUGCCCUGCGGUUAUCUAUGGAAGAGGAGCGAGCAAGGCAAGAGGCUAUUGCGAAAAAGGCUGCUGAGGAUACUUCAAAUACUGAAAACAAGGACCAUGCCUCAAGCUCAAACAGCGAUUCUGUUAUGGCUGAAGCAGAACCUGCCUCAAAUGCUGCUGAUGAUGACAAAAAAGAGCAGCCAAAGGAUGAUGAUGAUCUACUACAACAGGCACUUGCUAUGUCAAUGGAGGGUGAUGCUUCAGGAUCUGCAGCUGUGGCUGAUGCUGCUAUGGCAGAAGCUGGUGCAGUUGACCCCGAUUUGGCACUGGCUCUUCAAAUGUCUGUCCAGGAUGCUAACAUGUCCAGUGACACUGAUAUGAGUAAGGUGUUUGAAGACAGAUCAUUUGUUACAUCUAUCCUUAACUCGCUUCCUGGUGUUGAUCCCAACGAUCCAUCUGUUAAAGAUUUGCUGGCAUCAUUGCACGGUCAGGGAGAGCAGGAGAAGAAGGAAGAAGAUAAGGAUAAGUCAGACAAACCAGAAGAUGGGAAGAACUAAUGUAGCCAUGCUCUUGCUUCCAUGCGCACAAAGCAAUUGAAGAUUUGUCGGCAUUAGAUGCGUUUGCCCUGUUGGUCAUCGAGUUUCCUUAUCCUCUUGAACUGUGCUUUGACCAUAACUUAAUGCCGAGGGAAUUUGUAUUAUGACUUGCUACAGACUUCUUCCGUAUAUGUUUAAAUGAUUCCGUAUUUCAAGCUCGGUUUGCUGUGUUUAUUCCUAAAUGCUAAACUGGCAAUUCAACCGCA